AUGCAACACUUCCUCCGAGAAAUCUGGCGCUACGCCCAACGCCACCCCUACAAAGUCUUCUUCAUGGUCAUCAUGCCCCUCGUCUCCGGCGGCGUCUUACACAAACUCGCCCGCCAAUUCGGCGUCAACCUACCCGAGAUGGGCGGACCGGGAGCAAGAGGCGGGUACGCUGGCUCGGGCCAUCACAGCAGCAACAGCGGAGGUGCCAGUGGGGGCUACUACGGUAGUCAGGGAUAUGGCAUGGAGAGCAGCCGGAGCGGCCCGAGUAAUGGUGGCGGAGGCAUGAUGGCUGGACUAGGCAAUAUCGAUAUGCAGAGUGUGGCGGGCGGAAUCGGUGGACUGGCUAGUUUGGCGAGUAUGGCAAGCAAGUUCAUGUAA